AUGAAUAUAAACAGUGAUAACAAAGGACAAUAUCAAGCUGUUGAUCUAUAUGAUGUUAUAAAAAAUUGGUCAUCAACGAAUGAAUUUCGUUUUGUUAAUAAAAAUGGUCAUAUUAAUGUUAAUUAUUUAUCUUUUGGACGUCUAAAACAUAUUCAUUCAAAUAUGAUUUUAUUUAUCGUGAAAGCUAAUUGGUGGCUAGUUUUAUCAUUUGCUUUGUUUGGUUUCAUAUCAAGUUGGUUUAUAUUUGCAUUUCUUUAUUUUCUUAUAUCAAUUGAACAUGGAGAUUUUUUUUUAACAGAAGAUGAAGCUUUAUUAGAAAAUUUAACAAAUUAUACUUAUGAAAGAGUAUCAAUUGAAAAAGAAACAUGUAUUAAAGAUGUACACAAUUUUUUAAGUGCACUUCUUUUUUCUAUUGAAACUCAACAUACAAUUGGCUAUGGUUCACGAUAUAUAACAACAGAAUGUAUGGGAGGAAUUCUUGUAUUAACACUUCAAUCAUCAUUAGGAUAUUUAUUACAAGUUAUUGUAACACAGAUUGUUUUUAGUAAAUUAUCAAGACCAACAGAAAAAUCUCAAUUCGUUGUCUUCAGUGACAAAGCAGUUAUUCUUCCACGAGAUAAACAACUAACGUUAACAUUUCGAAUAGGAAAUUUAUCUGUUUCACAAUUAAUAUUUGCUAGUGUUCGUUUAUUAAUGAUUCGUCAACGACGAACACUUGAAGGUGAAAUAAUUCCUCAUCAAAUCUAUGACAUGGAAUUAACGUAUCUUCGUAAUGGUCGACUCUUUUUUCCUCGACCAACUGUUGUUGAACAUAUUAUUGAUAGUAAUAGUCCACUAUAUGGUAUUCAAAAAUCCGCAUUAGAAAAAGAACAUUUUGAAAUAAUUGCAAUUAUUGAAGGUUCUUUUGAUUACACUGGAUUUUCAUGUCAUUUUCGUACAUCUUAUGUGCCUAAUGAAAUUUUAUGGGGUUAUCAAUUUUCAUCAUGUGAUUCAACACUUGAGGGUUUUGAUUAUGAAAAGUUUAACCAAGUUCAAUUAAUCUACGUUGAACAAUUAUGGACUUAUGAGGAUGAACAAAGUAAUGAUCCAACAAGACCAAAUACACCAUGCAAUUCGCCCAUUCCUUAUUGUAGUCCAUGUCUGAGUACAAAUUCAAUCAGAGCACAACAACAAAGUUCAUUCUUUAAUAAUCGGAUUAGCCAUCUGACAACGAUUGAUUCAAUUGAUAUAGAAGAUGAACAUAUAGAAAUAUCUCCGUUAAAAUCCAGUCAUGUAUUUACUUCAAAAUUUAAUUUUGAAUGA